AUGGCACCACCAGCACCAGGUCCACCAUCUGAGGCCUCCCAGCCGACGUCAGCGACUGGGGAUGUUUCCGCCGCCGCCCCUUCUUCCUCCCGGAAGCGGACCCACCCCGAGGACUUCAAGCGCGCUUACAAAGCGUGUAUCAAUUGUCGCCAGAGGAAGGCGAAGUGUAUCCUGGGUACGGGGCCUGAUGGGAUAGAAUUGAAGCCGCCAUGCCAGAGGUGCAGGAGAGAAAUGCGAGAAUGCGUCUUCCGGUCGGAGCGGUCCUGGGUCAAGAGACGCAAGCCUGGUGAAGAGCGAGAGAAUGGAGAUACGCUUCCCAAUGAUGUCCCACCGCCCCAUGCUAGGACUCUGUCGAGUGACGCAGCCGGUUCGAUGCAGGGUAAUGCGCAACCAAGUCCUGUACACAGAGUUUCCAUCUCCACGAAUACCUUUACACCUUCAGAUACGCCUCGGAGCUUGAACAGGUCAGAGCAGGACUCCAUCUUAUCUCCGGGUCAGCUGCGACGCGUAUCAACAUCUCAACCUGCUACCCUUCAGAACUCCGUAAUGACGACUGUUGUAUCCAGUGGUAAGGAUGCACUCAACUUGCUCUUCGAGGCUGCGCACCACCAAGAUAUGGCCGAUCCGCAGGAUCAAGGCACUGUUGCCUCUCUACCCUAUGAGACACCCCAAUCUGGACCAUCCAUCCCAAAUCCCUCUUCGCCGUUUACCUUCAAGGCGCAGCCCGUGCAAAUGUCUCAGCCGUCGCCUGAGACGCUGAAGAUCUGGGCAUCCUGCCGCUAUGUGCAGAUGGGCUGGUUUUCUGCUCGCGAGGCUGUGACCUAUGUCGAUUUAUUCUUCAAGAAUUGCUCUCCCCUGUCACCUAUACUAUCCGACUUCUAUGCCAACCACGCAAACCAUUAUUCGUUGAUUGCACUGGAUCCAUUUCUUUGUGUCACUAUCCUCAUGGUAUCUUCACGGUAUAAUAUCCUGCCAGGAGUAGGCGGUGCCUCCCGUGGCUAUUUCGUCCAUGACAGGCUCUGGGAGCAGUGUCAGAGAUUCAUCAUGAAGAUUAUGCUGGGUCAGGUGAAGCCGUCAAAAGCGCAGACACGCACCAUUGGAUCCAUUGAGGCUCUGCUACUGCUUUCCGAGUGGCACCCGCGGGCGUUGCAUUUCCCUACCGCCAGCGAUGGUUGGGACUGCGAGUUGAUGGUCGGUGCCAAUAACCAUACCACUGAAGGUGCCAAGCUUCUUGAAGGCGACACCACUCCGAACCGCUGGCUGGAGGAUGUCAUCGAGCCUGCUAAGCGCUCCGAUCGGAUGUCUUGGAUGCUGAUGGGUUGCGCCCUCUCGUUGGCCCAAGAGCUGGGUCUGUUCGAGGAUAACAGUAAUAUCGACAAGGACCAGAUAUCCUACCCCAAGUUUACCACCGAGUGGCUGGUGUUGCGCCGUAUUAGGGCACGGAAGCUUCUUUUCGUCUUUAUCGAACAGCUGUCUUGGCGGUUAGGAUGCACUUCCAUGAUUCCUCAGAGUCUCAAUCACGCUCUAAUGGAGAAGAUACCGAUCGACUCGCGCACCGGAGCCGUCGAGCAGUGGCAGGCAUUCAUGAGUGCUUGGGUCGAAUUGACCAAGCUGGCAAGAUCGGUUUCUGACACAGUGUAUCCUUCAGCAUCUUUUACUCGCAAUCUACUCAGAACAGGGCGUUAUAUUGGGCUCCUUGAGCACUUUCAACCUCUGCUUACAGCCUGGAGAAAGAAAUAUCUUGACCCGUGCAAACUCGAAGUGGGACUUCACGAUAUGCUCAUGAUCGAAUAUCACUACGUUCGCAGCUAUACAAAUUCACUUGGCAUGCAAGCCGUCGUCGAGCGCACACUAGCCGAAUCCGAUCCCGACGGUCCCCAAGAAGACAUCCUUUCCAUGACGAUUGAACCUCGCGACUACGAAUUCAUCCAAGAAGUCGUCGACGGAUGCUGCCAGAUCCUCCAGAAGACCACUCAGCUCGCCGAUUCGGGCGCGCUCCGCUACUCCCCCGUCCGCAUUUUCCUGCGAAUUACUACCUCCUCUAUCUACCUAAUUAAGAGUCUCAGUCUCGGCGUCCGCAACGCCAAACUCCAAACCGCGCUCGACAUCCUCGACCGCGCAAUCCAUGCCAUGCGCUCCAGCACCUUGGAUGACAUGCACCUCGCAUCCCGCUACUCCACUCUCCUCGACACGCACGUCUCCCGUCUCCGAGCCAGCUUCGUCGUUUCUUCUCGCCCACCGCGCCUUCCAUCACGUGGUGUGGCCCUAGACAAGGGCGCCUCCACAGGUAUAGAGUUCCUCAACAACCACAAUGCCGGAUCCUCGGGGAUUGCAGCUCUGGCGGAAGACGUCUCGGGCCUCAUGCCCGAUGAUGACUGGUUGGCGCUGCCGUUUGAUCCCUCCAUGGCGCCGUUUGGCCUGGAUAGUAAUCAGCAGACUUUUCAGGGGUUCGAUGAUGCGACGCUCAAUCUAGACUUUUUGUGGAAUAUGCCGCCUAUGGGGGGUAGUUGA